AUGGCUUAUACCGUCCAUACCCUGAUCUCAGAGACCCAGGACAUCGCAGCCAAAGGCCUUCACGAUGUCAAGCCCCCGGUCGAGGUCCCCAAUCCCUCCAUCGACAUGCCUCAAUCGCAGCCCAAGAUCCGCAGCAAGUACCGGCAUGUUGCAGCUCUGCAUUCCAAAGUCCGACCGUCAUGUCUCAGCCAUGAGGCAAAGGAGACACCGAGCUUUAUAGGAUUCCGCAAUCUCAUGGUCCUGACAAUCAUAGUCAUGAACCUGCGACUGGUCAUUGAGAAUGCUAGAAAAUAUGGCCUCCUCAUUACUCUCAAGUCAAACCUUCGAAGCCAGGACAUCAAGAUUGCUCUAGCCCUCUAUGCCCUUACGCCAUGUCACCUUUUUGUCGCCUACAUUAUCGAGAAAGUGGCCAUGGAAAAUGCCAAAGGAGUCAUUGGAAGGCGGAAGAAGAGUGAUCCAGACUCAAACAAGAAGCCCGAGACCGAGAAGCAGACAAAAGAGUUCCUCAAUACUUGGUGGUGGAUUGCUGUCGCCCACACCUUGAAUGCCUCGCUUGCUUUGCUCAUCUCGAGCUUCGUGGUCUACUAUUGCAUCCACAAUCCCGGAUUAGGGACGAUCAGUGAGCUCCACGCCAUUGUGGUGUGGCUCAAGACCUGCUCUUAUGCCUUCACCAACCGAGACCUUCGACAUGCCAUGUUGAAUCCCGGUGGCCCUGAAUCGGCUCUUCCGGACAUUUACUCAGAAUGUCCCUAUCCACGCAAUAUCACGCUUCCCAACCUGUGUUACUUCUGGUGGGCACCGACCCUGGUCUAUCAACCGUAUUACCCACGCACAGACCGAAUAAGAUGGACUUUCUUCCUGAAACGAGUCGGAGAAGUCGCUGCCCUCAGUGUCUUCAUCUGGCUCACUUGUGCACAGUACGCUGUGCCGGUCUUGCGGAACUCGCUGGAUGGCAUGGCCGUGCUCGACUUCUCUUCCAUUGCAGAACGUCUGAUGAAGCUGUCGACUAUAUCCCUAAUUGUCUGGCUCGCUGGCUUCUUUGCCCUGUUUCAAUCGUUUCUCAAUGCUCUCGCCGAGAUCAUGAUGUUUGGCGAUCGCGUCUUUUACGAGGAUUGGUGGAACAGCACCAGUUUAAAGAUGUACUGGUCAACAUGGAAUAAGCCUGUCUAUCAUUUUAUGCGGAGGCACAUCUACUCUCCUCUGAUCGGUCGCGGCUGGUCACACCGAGCAGCCAGCGCGUGGGUGUUUGUAUUUUCGGGAUUUCUCCACGAGCUUGCCGUCGGAGUGCCUUCCCAUAACAUUCUCGGAGUGGCUUUUCUUGGGAUGGUGCUGCAACUACCUCUGAUCCAGAUCACUGAGCCUUUGGCGAAGAUGGAUGGAACCGGCAAAGUGAUUGGGAACUGCAUCUUUUGGAUCAAUUUCGUGUUUGUCGGACAACCAUUGGCUGCGAUGAUCUACUUCUUUGCUUGGCAAGCAAAGUAUGGGGAGCUCAGCAGGGUACGGAAGUGA